UAUUUGUACAGUGUGCGAGAGAGUUGGGGAAGGCAUCGGUGGUCGUCCCUUUCACCACCUCUGCCUACGAUUAUUAUAGCAUUUUCUUAUUCUCAGGCUAUUAUCAAUAAAUCUAGGGCAUUUCUCGUUCUUUCAUGGAUUUUCAUUGACCUAGAUGUCUCAAAAAUUUCCCUUCGCAGUUUGUUAGGUACUCCUGUUAUUUGGGAUUGUUGAUGUGCAUGUGAUAGUUGGUUUCAAACAACCCCCAAGUUUUCUCUCAAAGGAAUUUAUCAGUUUUUAUCUGAAUUACGUAAAAUAGCUAAGACGGGUGCUCUUUGUUGCGUGGCCGCUGGGCCACAUGAGGCAAAAUCUAACUCAGUUGGUAGGGAAAUUUCUAUGCAUUCUAGUGAACCCCAUUGGAGAGUUAACUCAAGCUUCUCACCUCCAUUAUCAAGGAGAUGGGAUUGCAGGGAUCAGUCAGAUGGAUUAUCACAGGAAAUGCCUACUGCUCCUUUAUAUGGAUCAUCACUAUCUUCUCAUAGCAAAAGAAGUAGAAGUGUGAUGAGCAGUGAUCAAUAUGCUAAUCAUCAUCAUUCCGCAUCUGAUGGAGCACUUUCUUAUUUUGAGAGCCCUUCCAACAAUUUACAAGCAUCUAGGUGGACGCCACCUGCGCAAAGAUAUGAUCUUAGUGAAUUCUCCACAGCUGCCGCAGGAGCAAGGAUUGAUUCUUCGGCGUCCCCUCAGAGCAGCGAACGGCAAUUCACUGGUAGAGUUUCCUCUACCUCCCAUAGUCUUUUCUCUCCAUCUCCCUUUGCAGAAUCCAGUAGAUGGGCAUCCUCAGGCAAACAGCCUGCCUUUCCUCCUCGAAAUUUUCCAGGAAGGCGCUCGUUCAUGUCGACACCUGUUUAUCCUCUAGUCUUCCACAAUCCUGUUUCGGAUGGCGAAUCGAGUGGGAUUGCCGGCACAAGUUCAAGCCGCAGGAUGAUUCCUAGUGAUCAUUCCAGAAACUCUCCUCCAUGGCCUGAGAGCACUUUUAACCCUGAUCUCAAGUUUCAUAAAACUCUGUCAGAUUUCCAGAAGGUUGGAGUUUCUCCCGACACCGAUACAAACUCAAGGAGGGAAGGAACUAGAUGGAGUGAUGGAAGUAGCUACGACAUUGCUUUUGAUGGGGAUGCCAUUGACAUUGCUGAGAACAUCAAUAUUGAGAACCCAAGAUCUCCAAACACUUCUGUUAGGCACCAGAAGUGCGGGCUCUGCUACCGGUUUCUAUGGCUAAAAUCUCCAUGGAGUUCACACCGAAUCAUUAAAAACAGUGACCUGCCAAUCACUGGAGUUCUUCCCUGUGGUCAUGUCUUCCAUGCCGACUGCUUAGAGGAGACGACUCCAAAGACUCAGCUUCAAGAACCUCCGUGCCCACUAUGUUUGAAUUUGGUAAGCCAUGAAGGGUCCUCUUCUUUAUCCGAGCCUCUGCAGGUAGCUUUUAAAAAUCCUCGCAGAAUUAUGCGAUCCGGUACUGUUGGAAGCAGUAGCAACCGAAAUGAUAUUGAUCUGAGGCGAAACCUUUCUCAGCCAUUGAGGGGAAGUUCUUCAAUAAGAAGCCGUCUCAGGAAACGGUUAUCAUUCAAAGGUAAGUUUAACAGAGAUCUUUUUGGAGCAAAAAUAUUCAGGAAGAUCUGAUCAUCUUUAUAACAAUCAGAACCAAAGCGUCCGUUUGUAAUUGCUGCAGUAACUUUCAUUGUUUAGGGUUUCUGAGCAAACUUUUAUCAGUUCUCUUUUACAGCUUAUAUUUUGGGGUUUGGCAGCCAUGAUAGGGUGCCCAUGUACAGCAUCAGAUGUAGAACCGGGAAACCCUUUGGUGUAGGGCAGCAGAUUGCUUAAGCUGAAAAGUGCUUAGAUUUUCAUUGUUAGGGGUCUAUUAUGCAGAUUUGUUUGUAUAAUAUGUUUUGUGUUACAUUCCUUCCAUUUUGUUUCAGAAACCUGAUUAGUUUUCUGUUAGCUAUUUUAUGCUGUAGUAAUGAUGCUUUAUAAUAAUUUUAAAAGAACUUUUUUGCUUA